CCUCGUUAUUCCACCUUCCUUCCUCCUCCUCCCCUCUUCUCCCUCGUCUCUAAUAACAAGCCAAGUCCCCUCGCAAUGGCUCCGUCAACUUCGUCAGCCUCAUGGCUGUCUUCCGUCCUGGCUUUCUGCGCCAUCCUGUGCCUGUCGGUACCCGUCAAUGCCCUCUACUUCUAUAUGGACGGGCGUCAGACCAAGUGUUUCUUCGAGGAACUCCCCAAGGACACCCUGGUGGUCGGAACCUUCUCCACCGAAGUCAUCAACCAGCAAUCGAACACGUAUUCCGUUGACCCCAACCUGAAGGUGCUCAUCACCGUCGACGAGAUCUUCGACAACGACCACCGGGUCGUGUCCAAGCGCGAUGGCAACGCCGGCCGCUUCACCUUCACCGCCGCCGAGUCCGGCCAGCACAAGAUCUGCCUGACGCCCGAGACCAACGCUGCCACCGGCGGCUGGCUGUCCGGGGGCCCUGGCGGUGCCGUGCGCGUGUCGCUGGACAUGGCCAUCGGAGAGACCAGCAAGAUCGAGACCGAGGAUAAGGGCAAGAUGCAGGACAUUGUGCAGAAGGUCAAGGACCUGAACAGUCGGUUGCAGGACAUUCGUCGCGAGCAGGUCUUCCAGCGGGAACGUGAGGCCGAAUUCCGUGACCAGUCCGAGGCUACCAACUCGCGUGUCGUUCGCUGGACCCUGAUCCAGCUCGCCGUGCUGUCGGCCGCGUGCGCCUGGCAACUGUCUCAUCUCCGCUCGUUCUUCAUCAAGCAGAAGCUGACAUAAAAACGAAAGAACGAAGUUCAAAGACGGAGAGGUCGAGAGGGAAUAUAAAUAAAAAAUGAAAAGCUUAAGCAAAGGAACGAAAUAUGUGGCGGUGGUUAUUGUACGGCGCAUCGUGAGCAUGGAAUUAUCUGAUUUCCGCUUCUGAUUAUCCUACGGUUCGAUUCAUCUUGAGCAUCAAUGAGAAAGUUCAUGCUGUUCUGGUUCUUUGUUGGUCAGGGGAGGGUUUGGCCGUAGAUCGGCCACGUUGGCAUUAGACAGGAUGAGAUGUCCUAGGCUUCUGCGUUUGGCAGCAUCUGUGAUAUAAAUGAGUUGAUUGAUGGGAUAUGGAUAUAAUGACCUUAGCUUUGUUAUUAAGCCAAGUUACUCUUCUACCAGCCACUACAGUCGUAUCCCAGUUACCAUUCUAUCCCUUUCGUUGCUCACAAA